UCCGUACGGAAAUCGGAAAAUAUGCUUACAGCACUUCAGAAAAGUAGCCUGCAACUCUCCGCCACACACUCUCUGGAUGAAGCGCGUCUCACUAACACGGGAGAGAUUACACUAGUAGAAGAUGAGAGUGAACGGUCCCGCUACUCUGCGAAUGAGCGCAGCCGGUAAACGGUCCGGUUGAUUGAAUCUCCGCAGCUGCAUCUACAUGUGGCUGAGGGAAAAAUAGCUUUGAAAGGGUAAGGAAGAGCAGGAACAAAAUACCUCACCAGGAACAUGGGCCAAUCUGGGACUUCAUCCUAUUUUUCUCUCGCUCUCAAUCUCAGCAUCGUCCUCUUAGUUUUCUCCCACGAGCUCACACCAGCCACUGCCGGCAGCUCCAAAUCGAGCUUGGAUAAAGAUGUAUCUCCUAACGAAACUUCUCAGCCUGAGACCUGUGGUGGAAGUUCUGAGUGCAAAGAGGGGGUGAUUUUGCCAAUGUGGACUCCACAGAACCCAUCCUUUGGAGACAAGUUGGCGAGAGCCACUGUGUAUUUUGUUGGUAUGUUCUACAUGUUCCUGGGGGUGUCCAUCAUUGCAGACCGCUUUAUGGCUUCCAUUGAGGUCAUCACAUCCCAGGAGAAAGAAAUCACCAUCAAGAAGCCCAACGGUGAAACCACAACCACUACUGUUCGAAUAUGGAACGAAACAGUCUCUAAUCUUACCCUCAUGGCUCUGGGUUCGUCGGCCCCAGAGAUUCUGCUUUCUGUGGUUGAAGUAUGUGGGCACAACUUUGACGCAGGCGAGCUUGGCCCAAACACCAUUGUGGGAAGUGCAGCUUUUAACAUGUUUGUCAUCAUUGGUCUCUGUGUCUCCGUGGUACCAGAAGGAGAGCAUCGGAAAGUCAAGCACCUGAGGGUGUUCUUCGUCACGGCUUCUUGGAGUGUCUUUGCAUAUACUUGGCUUUAUCUGAUCCUGGCAGUGAUUUCUCCAGGUAUCGUCGAGGUCUGGGAAGGACUCCUCACUCUCUUCUUCUUUCCUAUUUGUGUCCUGUUCGCUUGGGUUGCAGACCGCAGACUUCUCUUUUACAAAUAUGUUUACAAACGGUACAGAGUAGGAAAACAAAGAGGAAUGAUCAUUGAGACAGAAGGUGAGCCAGAACUGCAGUCGAAGGCGGAUAUCGAAAUGGACAGCGGGAUGCUUAACUCUCACGGCGAGGAAUUCGUAGAUGGCACGAUGGAUAUUGAAGAAAAAGACGUGGAUGAGGAAGAGGCUAGAAGAGAAAUGGCCAGAAUUUUGAAGGAACUGAAACAAAAACAUCCAGAUAAAGAGAUGGAGCAGCUGAUUGAACUCGCCAACUAUCAAGUCCUCAGCCAUCAACAGAAGAGUCGUGCAUUCUACCGCUGUCAGGCCACCAGGCUUAUGACUGGUGCUGGCAAUAUUCUGAAGAAGCAUGCUGCAGACCAAGCCAGGAAAGCGUUUGGCGCCCACGAACUUCGCUCAGAAGUCUCUGAUAACGAUAUUUCAUCCAAGAUCUUCUUUGACCCCGGCACAUAUCAGUGUCUCGAGAACUGCGGAAGCGUAGCUUUGAAUGUGGUACGACGUGGUGGCGACUUGACAAACACCGUGUCAGUGGAUUACCGCACUGAGGAUGGCACCGCCAAUGCAGGCUCUGAUUACCAAUUCACUGACGGUGUUAUAAUCUUCAAACCAGGCGAGACCGAAAAGGAGAUCCGAGUGGACAUCAUUGACGAUGACAUUUUCGAAGAAGAUGAACACUUCCUGGUCCAUCUCAGCAAUGUCAAGGUCAUAUCUGAAGGAACGGACAAUGGGAACCCCGGCGCCAAUCAUGUGGACAUGUUAGCCGGUCUUGGCCUUCCAUCAACAGCUACUGUGACUAUCUUUGAUGAUGACCAUGCUGGCAUCUUCACAUUUGAGGAACCAGUGGUUCAUGUCAGUGAAAGCAUUGGUAUGAUGGAAGUGAAGGUGGUGCGCACCUCCGGAGCGCGUGGAGUUGUUGUUGUUCCCUAUAAAACCAUUGAAGGCACAGCGAAAGGUGGAGGAGAGGACUUUGAAGAUACCCAUGGAGUCUUGGAGUUCCAGAAUGAUGAGAUUUCCAAAACUAUUCAGAUCAAUAUAAUCGAUGACGAGGAGUAUGAAAAGAAUAAGAACUUCUUCAUGGAGAUUGGAGAGCCACAAUUGGUGGAAAUGAGUGAGAGAAAAGCUAUGUUGCUGCAUGAGUUUGGUGGCUUCGUAAAGACAGACAAGCAGCUUUAUGGCAGGGAUGUGUACCGGAAAGUGCAGGGUAGAGACAAACCAAUCCCCUCCACCAUUAUCAGCAUCACAGAGGAUGGGGAAGAGGUGACCUUGUCUAAAAAAGAGGAGGAUGAGAGGCGUAUUGCUGAGAUGGGACGCCCCACGCUGGGUGAAAAUGUCAAACUUGAAGUUAUCAUUGAAGAGUCCUAUGAGUUUAAGAGCACAGUUGACAAACUCAUAAAGAAGACCAACUUGGCCCUUUUGGUCGGAACCAACAGUUGGAGAGACCAGUUUGUAGAAGCCAUCACUGUCAGCUCAGGGGAAGAUGAUGAUGAAGAGUGUGGUGAAGAAAAGAUGCCAUCUUGCUUUGAUUACGUCAUGCACUUCCUGACUGUGUUCUGGAAGGUUCUGUUUGCUUUCGUGCCUCCCACCGAUUACUGGAACGGUUGGGCAUGUUUCAUCGUGUCAAUCAUCAUGAUUGGCGUCCUCACUGCUUUUAUCGGAGACCUGGCAUCCCACUUUGGCUGCACUAUCGGUCUGAAAGACUCUGUGACUGCAGUCGUGUUUGUGGCUCUGGGAACCUCGGUGCCAGACACAUUUGCUAGUAAGGUGGCAGCCAUCCAGGACCAGUACGCUGACGCCUCCAUUGGCAAUGUGACGGGCAGCAAUGCAGUGAACGUCUUCUUGGGCAUUGGGGUGGCGUGGUCCAUUGCUGCCAUCGUUCACCAGGCGAAGGGCCAGUACUUUCGCGUGGAUCCCGGAACACUCGCUUUCUCAGUCACCCUUUUCACCAUAUUUGCCUUCAUCUGCAUCGCCGUCCUCAUGUAUCGCCGCAGACCAGAGAUCGGGGGGGAACUGGGUGGACCGCGGACUCCCAAAAUCCUCACCACUACUUUGUUUUUUAGCCUCUGGCUGAUGUACAUCAUUUUCUCCUCCAUGGAGGCCUAUUGCAUCAUCAAGGGUUUCUAAAUCAACCAAAUCAAGAUGAUGCCACAGACAAGAUGCUGUUGUUAAAGUCAUUUCAAAAAGGCAAAAACUGACAAGGGAACAGAGUUCAAAAGAGAAGAUCAAAGCAGCCGGAUGUUUUGUUUGUUGAUCUUUUUUGUGUUGUCCACUGUAUGUUCUAUCUGUGUGAAUACACCCGUGUUUCUGUUUUUGGUAAGGUUGGCUUUGUCUCCUAAGAAGAAAGGAAGACGAUCUACUGGGGCCAUUUAAGGCUAUGUCCACAAAAAAAAAAAAAAAUGCAUUAAUUUCGCUACGUUUUGGCCAUUUACGUAUUUGUUUUUGUCCAGCGAAAACUGAGCUUUUUGAAAACGCUCACCUCAGUGGAUACAUUUGAAAACGGCGUCUUCGCGUUGUGGUGUGGACAGGGAAAAUGGAGAUAUUAGAAAACGAUGACGUAUUUGUUGUCAUGUGACGCAGUCAUGUGAUCCAUUUAAACUAAAACAAUUAAGAUGGCGGCCCAUUUUAUAGCGCGGUUGUUGUGCCUCCUAUCCACUGUAAUAGCGUUGUUAUGAAUAAAUGUUUCUUUGUACAACCUUCACAUUGCAUUCAUUCAAGGGCGACGGGAAGUUUACUCGGAAUUGUUGUCCAGUGGCGGAACACGAGGAAAAUUGCAUUUCAGACCACACUUCUUAAGUUUUUUUUCUAGGGCUGGGUAUUGAUACAGACUUCCCGAUUCGAUUUGGGUCAGUUCCGAUUUACAAGCUCUUGAUUCGAUUUGGAUUUCGAUUCAAUUCACUCUCCUAGCUAAUGCUGUUAAUUAUACAGGGGACCUUCUAACUAGGUACAUUAUGAAAAUAUUAAUUUUACUAAUUAUAUUUUAUUAGUUUUGUUUUUUUUUUCACAUUUUAGCUUUUUAGAGGUGCAGUAUGUAAGAUUCAGAAACCCUUGUUAUUAAUGACACCUGUGGCCGUUAAGUGAACUGCAGCCAGCUACCUGUUGCUCGUGCUCGCGCUCGUGCACACACUCCACAGGGACACGAGCGAGCAUCGACCAAAGCAAUGACGUAACAUACAAAGAGACAAUGUGAUCAGCAUCAUGCUGACAGAUGAGGUAGCAUAAUUAAAAUGACACAGUUAUGAUCGUUUUACUACAAACUUUGAGACUAAACUAAAACGACUUAUCAGCUAACAUAGCGUACUGAUACACACAUACAGCUACAUACUACCCAACUAUACCAGACAGUUACUGUUGCACUGUUAUGUUGCACUAUUGUAUGUUUUGUAUGUCACAUGUUGUACUACGAUCAAGAAACCAGCGUAUUUGUUUACAUUUAUCCUGUAUACCUGACUUUUAGUAUAAAGAGAAGAUCUUUGAAAUUAUUUGAAAGUUAUGAAGCAAGGUAGCUUGCAAUUCAUCAGCGUUAGCAGGCAAGAUCAAGUUAGCUAAAAUGACACAGAUCAAUCCUUAUGGCACUAUAUUUCACGUGCUUUGUAGUUAUGUAAGCUUACCUGUCCAAUAAGAAGAACGCCAAUUCAGGUGGUUUUGAUCCCCAAAACCGAAAGAAGGUCCCUCCAGGAAUCAAAUGCCCACGAUCACGUUCCCGCUUAGCCAGAUGGGAUUCAGUAGAUAAUGUUUUUUAAAUGUUUUUCGAUUAACAACUGACUGUAAAGAACAGAAAGUGUAAUAAUUAAGACAUUAUUCAGUGAUAAAUAGGCCGCGUAGAUCUUGUCUUUGGACACACACGGAACAACUUUUACUCUCAACAUGCAGUGAAAGGAUCUCGCUGCUAAAUACAACACAAUUCAUUCACUGGUUGGCCAGUUGCCAAAUUUAUACAUUUUUCAAAAUUUGGUUGCAAAUGCACCAAAGUGACUUCCUUUCACUGUAGUGGAGGAUUGCGCAUAGAGUAAAAGAUUGAUCUUGGGAUUUAAGAAUCGAAAUUGAGAUCGUUCAAAUGAAGAUUGCGAUGCAUCGGAAAACCGAUAUUUUUACCCGCCCCUAUUUUUUCCCGCAUCUGCAGUAAGGGGAUUUAAGUGUUUUCAGACGUUUCAAUGAGGAAGAGCAACUUUUGGAAAACGUUUGAAAAUGGCAGUGUGGACAAAGAGCGUUUCGAAAGCAAAAACGUCGUUUUCAAAUGUAUCCGGAUUAAUGUGGAUGUAGCCUAACACUUUUUGAUUUCAUGUAAACGUUGCUGAUUUGGUUGACUGAUAGUUACUGAACGUGUGGUCAAGACAUUUUGACUGUCUUUGGAAGAUAGCCAGCUUAAACUUUUUUUAUGUAAAUUGUUACAUUAAUUUGCGUUAACAUUGUUAGCAAAUUUGUAAAGAUUUCAGGAAAAAAAUGUUGUGUGCUAGCUUUGCAAUCUUACUGUUUUGGGAAAUGGCAUUGAUUUGGUUGACUGAUAGUGACCAAACUUUUGACUAUCUUUAUAAUACGGUACUAGAGCAGAUUCAGCUUAAUUUAAAUGAUGUCUAAAAUUCAAAACAUCAUAACAAGCAGCACAAAGUCAGUGACCUCUGAAUAACCUUUUGUGUUACUCUGGAUUCAGUGGUCAUGCAAUGUUUUAAAAAACACUGUCAUGGAUCUCAGUUAUAUACUUGAAAUUUGAACCUUUAGCAGAAAUCUCAGUAUAACUAAAUUCAAAUUGUGGUUAAACAUGAGCAGUGGCGUAGAUUUGGCUUGAACAUUGGGGGGGUUACAGUGUGAGGCAUUUACAUGUUUCCAUUGAUCAUGGUAUAAAUAAUGGGGGGGUUGUACUUGCUUGUUUUGAUUAUUGGGGGGAGGUGUGUGUGUGUGUGUGUGGGGGGGGGGGGGGUACCUCCUACGCCCCUGAACAUGAUUAUAGUUUCAGUAUUAAAACAACAACAUGAUCCAUACUUGUUGAACCUAGAAACGGGUGUUUUGAUCAAUGAAAAGCAAUGAGAGAUCGCAUUUAUUUUUUCACAUUUUAAAACAUAAAUGUGUGGAUUUGCUAAGAAGUUGUUUGGGAUUUAUACAAUACAAUAUGUUUUUAGGCAAUCUAACAAUCCUUUCUUCAAUCAAACGUUGGACCCAAUCAAGGGGACAUCCACCAGACAAACAGCUUCCCAUUAGGAGGCAGUUACUGACGGCAAUCUAAAAUAAUAUCAAAUGUAUUACAGUAUAUUGUGUGUGUUUCCUAAGAUGUAUGUUGUAUUUUUCCUGGACUCUGAACUGUACUGUACGAUACCAGUAGUUUUAGUGCAUGUGUAUGAUGGGGUCAUAUAUAUAUAUGUCUCUAGUUUUUAGUAUUAAGACAAAAAAGAUCCAUGAGAAAAGGUUUUGAUAUUGUACAAAAACAAGUUCAGUAUUCACCAUUGGUAUGAUAGAAAUGUUAACCGUAACACUGGGAAACUGAUUUAGUUGUAUAUAGUGUAUAGUAUUCUAAACAUUUCAAAUCGAGAAUUCAGGAUUAGGAUUCGGGUUUACCUAACCCACACGAGAGCACACUGGUAUGUUGUAUUGACUUUUGGGGAAACUUGACUGCCCAGUUGUUAUUAUUACAUUCUUUAUGACGUAUCUUUCUCUCUUACACAGAAAACAAGAUUAAUAGUAGAAAACUCAUAUUUAGGCUAUGCUUUUUAUACUAUACCUAACCCUGUGUUAACAUCUUUUAACUCUGGUGUUUCCACCAUCCGGCCGAACGGUUCUGAGCACGGUAAGUAACGGUUCCAGCAGCAUUUACACCUGUAUGAUUGCAAACUGUUCCCGGCCUGAAUUUUUCAGCACAGUUAAAGGAAUAUUCCGGAUUCAGUACAAGUUGAGCUCAAUCGACAGCAUUUGUGGCAUAAUGUUGAUUACCACAAAAUUAAUUUUGACUCAUCCCUCUUUUUCUUUAAAAUAAGUAAAAAUUUAGGUUUCAGUAAGUCACUUACAAUGGAAGUGAAUGAGGCAAUCCGUAAACGUUAAAAUACUCACUGUUUUGAAAGUAUAGCAACAAGACGUAAACAAUAUGUGUGUUAACAUGAAUUUAGUGUCAUAAAAUUGCUUGCUAACCUCUUCUGUGUAAAGUUAUAUCCAUUUUCAUGACAACAUAAUGCACAAGCCACAAUAUGACCGCAAAAACGACAAUAUAAUAAACUUUGCAGUUCAAAUAGUAUGCAAGUUUUAGCGAAAGUAUUAAUGGAAGUGCUUUUAUGAAAUUAAAAUGUCACAAAUGCUGUUGGUUGAGCUUAAAGGGAUAGUUCACCCAAAAAUGGAAAUUCUCUCAUCAUUUACUCACCCUCAUGUCAUCCCAGAUGUGUAUGACUUUCUUUCUUCUGCAGAAUACAAAUUAUGAUUUUUAGAAGAAUAUUUCAUCUCUGUAGGUCCAUACAAUGCAAGUGAAUGGUGACCAGAACUUUGAUGCUCAAAAAGCACAUAAAAGCAGUAAUCCAUAAGACUCUAGUGGUUUAAACAGAUCAGUAUUUAAAUCCUUUUUACUAUAAAUCUCCACGUUCACAUUCUUCUUCUUUUGUUUUUGGCGAUUCGCAUUUCUUCGUACAUAUCGCCUCCUACUGGUCAGGGAGGAGAAUUUAUAAUAAAAAAGGACUUAAAUAUUGAUCUGUUUCUCACCCACACCUAUCGUCUCGCUUCUGAACAUAUAGGUUUAACCACUGGAGUCGCGUGGAUUAUUUUAUGCUGCCUUUAUGUGCUUUUUGCAGCUUCAAAGUUUUGGUCACCAUUCACUUGCAUUGUAUGGGCCUAAAAAUCUUAAUUUGUGUUCAGCAGAAGAAAGAAAGUCAUACACAUCUGGGAUGACAUGAGGGUGAGUAAAUGAUGAGAGAAUUUUCAUUUUUGGGUGAACUAUCCCUUUAACCCAGGGGUAAUGAAGUCCUGCUUCAGAGCUAACACAAUGGGGUCAUGUGUAGAAUUUAACCUCCCGGUUACCUAAAGUAUCCACACUGUGUUUAUUGUGUAUAUUUGGAGUCCCACAGAAACCCUACACCUACCCCUACUCCUAAACCUUACCCUUACCUUAACCCUACCACUAAAUCUAAUCAUAAACCCAAAUUUAAUAACAACGGGAGUGUUACCUUCUAGACACAGCGACACAAUAGUUUGUAAUGUAGAAAAAGAAAACCCAGGGUCCGAAAAGACAUUUAAAGUGUGUGAGGGUUCCACAUUUGUUUUUUUGUUUUUUUUUACUUUGGCAUAUACAGUAUAUUCCACAUUUUUGACAUGACCACUGGAAGUUUUAACAAAGGUGGAUGUACCUUAAUGGGCUUCUAAAUAUUUGUAUUAUUUCCCCGAUGCACACACGGGUGAUGGCAGUAUUUAUCUACUCUAGAAUUAGUCACUUGGCUCCCAGCCUCAUUUACAUUUUACAAUUAUGUUGAAGCAGUUUUCCCUCGCUUGUGCGAGUGCUCAGUACCUGUAGGUUUCAUUUUGAUGAAUGUCAUCUGUAUAUGAUAGCUAAUAUUGCAAUCUUUGUAUUCUGAACAUAUUGUUUGCUCCUUCAGCAAUUGAGUUUUGUCAUCUUUUUUGUUUUCCUUUUGUGUGGCACACUCUUCCCCAACACAACAAAAUAAAUCUUUAGAACCUUGAAUGAGAAAUAUGCAUUUUCAUCUCUUUCACUGAAGACCAAAUAAAAUAAAGAAGGGUUUGGACGAG